AUGACAGAUUCCGAUAAGGAGGGGACUGAGAGGCACCGUCAAAUGCUUACUGCCUGGCAAAGAACGCAGCUCAGUCACAAACAACGAACCAAGAACGCAAGAUGUCAAGAGAAUGUCUGCUUUGCCUGGCCUACGUCCCUCGAACGCCUUGUCCAUACUCCUGGGCAGGUCCCGGUCCUGGCCUGCGCACAUCCAGGCCGUGUGGAGAGCAGAGGACCAAAGGACGACGGUAAGCCGACCUUGCCGCAGCAAAUCAGGAGUCAAGACAGGGCUCGAUAUGAAGGAAGUUGUUCAGGAUGCAAGGGAUGCUCAGCAACACGAACCAGUGAUGAGUGGGUCGGAGAUUUUGUUCAGCACGAAGUGACCUUCAAAAUCCAUCGCUCGGACCAGCAUCAACAAAAAACCACAAUAAUCAGUGGUAAUUAUCGCGCCGCAGGAAUGUUGAUGGUCCAACGACAUCGUCUUCUCGCACGGGACGUGGAAUGCUCCAUCACCGCCAGACAUACCACCGGAAUGCAGGCUUGGCUGAUCUCUGUUGAUGAUAGUCCUGCGUACCAUCAAAAGAAUAAACUAAACUAG